AUGAAUCAUGCCAGAGUUCAGGAAUCUGGAUAUCAGGGCAAGACAAUCAAACCAGAAAAGAGAAUCAGAGAAUCAGUUCUAGGAAUUCCGGAACCAAGCAAGUUCAUACUUAAGAAUAUUGAUAAUGCAGGCUCUCAUUCAUUGUAUAUACUUGCAACAUACAUACAAGGAGAGACACAGUUCCCUGAGUUUAGUGUGGUGAUUAUGUUAGAUGAUGUGCAAGAACAGAUGAAUUCUACUAAUGAAUUUCAUGUUCACCAGAGACUUGCAGGGUGUGAGUUGUUGGAAAAUGGCAUUUCGGGUGACAUGAUGACAUGGGAUGCAUUCAACGGUGUAUACAUUGGAGAACUGCGCUUUAGCACGCAACAAAACAAUAUACACAUGAAAGUGGAGCACUUUGGCUUGGAAGGCAUAAAUCCAAUUGCUGUCAAAUUGCGGUAUACAUACGUACAUCAUCCUAUCUGCAUUCAGUAUUUAAAGAGGUAUCUUCAAGAACAAAAAAAUAGAGUUAGGAGAAAAGUCAAACCAAGACUCAGGCUCCUGAAGAAGACUCUCACAGGCUCUGCAGGGAUUCAGGUGACAUGUCUGGCCACUGGGUUUUACCCUCGUCACAUCAGCCUGACUCUGCUCAGAGAUGGUCAGCCUGUGUCUGAAGACCAGAUCACUGGAGGAAUUCUGUUACCUAAUGGAGAUGACACCUACCAGAUGAGGAAGAGUGUGGAAGUCAGUGCAGAGGAACUGAGAGUGAAAAGAAACUAUACCUGCAUGGUGACUCACCUAAGUCUGGACAACAAGCUUGAUAUUAGUAUUGAUUAUGACCCAGAUACAUCCACUGUGUCUGUGGUGUCCUUGGUCCUGAUUGUGUUGGCGGCAAUCUUUGUCUUGACAGUGGUACCUACAGCUGGAUUUAUUGCAUGGUGGAGAAGACGUGCAGGUACAGAAGACAACUCUACUGCAGACUCCUUAUCUUUGGGAUAG